UCCACAGGUGCAAGUCGAGAAGUUAUAAGAAAAACUUACCUCAAACUAGCGUCAUCAUCACCUUCCACAACGAGGCUAGGUCCACACUGCUUAGGACAGUCGUCAGUGUCCUCAAUAGAAGUCCUGAAUACCUCAUCAAAGAAAUCAUUCUCGUCGAUGAUUUCAGUGAUAAUCCUUUGGAUGGGGAAGAACUUUCGAAAAUACAAAAAGUUAGAGUAAUACGAAAUGACAAAAGAGAAGGACUUAUGCGGUCUAGAGUCAAAGGAGCCGAAGCUGCCAUUGCCCCAGUCCUUACAUUCUUAGAUAGCCAUGUUGAGUGUAACAAGGAUUGGCUUGAACCAUUACUAGAAAGAAUAGAUGAGGACAAAACACGCGUGGUUUGCCCAAUCAUUGAUGUCAUCUCGAUGGAUACAUUUCAUUACAUUGGGGCAUCAUCGGACCUUCGUGGUGGAUUCGAUUGGAACCUCGUAUUCAAGUGGGAGUAUUUGAGCCCAGGUGAAAGAGCAGAAAGAGCAAAAGAUCCUACUCAACCAAUCAGAACACCAAUGAUUGCUGGUGGACUGUUUUCUAUUGAUAAAGAAUAUUUUUAUCAUCUUGGAAAAUAUGACAUGGCUAUGGACGUAUGGGGUGGAGAAAACCUUGAAAUAUCAUUCCGAGUAUGGCAGUGUGGAGGCAGUUUAGAAAUAAUUCCCUGCUCAAGAGUUGGACACGUCUUCCGAAAAAGACAUCCUUAUACAUUUCCAGGAGGGAGUGGAAAUGUAUUUGCUCGAAACACCAGACGAGCCGCCGAAGUUUGGAUGGAUGAGUACAAAUCUUAUUAUUAUUCAGCGGUGCCUUUAGCAAAAGCUGUACCUUUUGGAAAUAUUGAUGAGAGACUUGCCCUGAGGGAAAAACUUCACUGCAAACCUUUCUCAUGGUACUUGUCGCACGUCUACCCAGAACUGAAAAUCCCUUCAUUCAGCAGCUCCAGCCCGGCUGGCAACAUAAGGCAAGGCCCUCUCUGCUUGGAUACAAUGGGUCGAGGUGCUGGCGCCUUGCCUGGAUUGUACCCAUGCCACGAUACCGGCGGCAACCAGGACUGGUCACUUACGUCCAGUGCUAUAAAGCACCAUGAAUUUUGUCUUACACUUUCCUCAGAUGUCCCUGGCCAGCCAUUACUAAUGACAGUUUGCGAGAAUUCACCACAUCAGGAAUGGAGGCGUAUCGAUGACGAUUCAGACAGUGGAAGUAUGCUGAAGCAUGCUCGAUUAUCUUUAUGUGUCGACAGUAGACAUUCUGCAAUGGGAUUGACUGCAGAGAAGUGCGACUCGUCCCUGCAGACUCAGCGAUGGACCCUCAGCACCAUUUAAAGUGUCUAGUUUAAAUAUAUAUAUUACCUUUCCCUAGUCCCUUCAUUGUUUAACUACGUCAUAUUUUGAGAAUGUGAUAGAUUGUCAAGAAAUAAAGUGAUAUAAUAAUCGCAUGAUUCAUUCUCGUCAUGUGAAACUCAGGAGGGAAAGAAAUGGUUUUGACUGAACUUAUAAAAUUAUAGCUAAACAUAAAAUUUUGACUGACGGUCUGAUUCAAAUGAAAACAAGAACUUGAUUCCCUUUUUUAAGUGGUUUUCGUAUCUGGCAAAAAAAAAAAUUUUGUAUCUUUCUACACUUAAGUUUAAACUAUUAAUGUUAUUUUUAUACUUUUGUAAAUUCUUUUAAUGGAGAAUAUUUUGCUGUCUUGCAACUUUUUUAUCAGUAUUUGUGUGAAUUUAAGUCUGCUGAAAUUUUUCAAUUACUAUUUUUUUUUUUUUUAAUGAGAUCACCAACUAAAAAAGCUGUUAAAUUUCUCAAUAAUAACUAAGUUCUCAAAGCCCAUAUCGACUUGAAGCGAUGAUUUGAUGAAAUUCGGCUGUGAUUCAGGUAAUUCCUCGGACACAGUAGGUGACUUUUCUUUUAUUCUGGGCCUCUUUUUGUGCUGAAUGGAUUGAAUCCGCUAGAAUAUGAUUAGUUAGAAUGAACGUGAUGCUGUAGCUUUUGUCAAUAGAAAUUGGAACUGUUAAUCUUAUAUUCUGCCCUGACACACUCUCAGAUUUUGCUAUUUUACUUUAUAUUUCAUAGCACUGUUGAUAUUGGUGUUCUCACGCUAGUUAGUUUUAUUGGUGCAUCUGAAGUCAAACUAUUUUUCAUUUUGUCCCAAUAAACUUGGCUUUCUAAAGAAGUGUUUAAAAAAACAUACUUGCUGCCUGCCUCUUCCUUAUUAUAAACUAGCAAUAAUAAAAAAUAAAUCCUCUUUAAUUUUAUCCUUGUGGAAAGAUUAUAUAUAAUGUAGAAAAAAUGUAUGUAAAGUUAUUUGAUAAAUAACGUAUUAUAUUGAUCAUAUGAAUUUACAUUUUGGGUAAUUUUUAUAAUACUUCCAUUUUGCUGUUAUAAAAAAUAACAAUAUUCUGUUGUUGUUUUUUUUUUGUAAAAAUGCUAUUUAUUUAUUUUUUUUAUUUGUUAUAGUUCUGUAAUUGAACUAGGUCAAUAUAAUUUUUUACUUAAAAUGACCUCCAAAAUUGUUUAUAUUCAUUUUAGGAGGUGGUAUUAAUUUUAUUCUGUAUUCAGAAAAUCCUGAUGUCUUGUUUAAAAAAAGAAAACGAUGAUAUAAUCAAUUUAAAGAAAUUCUAAUUUAAACAAAGCAUUUUUCACAGUAAUUGUUUGAUCAUAAAAAGUUUUCUUUUACUUAAAAUUUAGUUAUUAGGGAUGAGGCCUGAAUGAUUGCUUUGAUAAGACAGAUUUUCAUGUCCAAGCUUCCUUAAUUUAUUUUAAAUGCCAAUACUUCAUAGCACAGGCGGAUCUACGGGGGGGGGGGGGGAGGGACUUUCGGGUUGAAGCCCCUCCCACUCCCCCAAAAUGGUAAAAUAUAAUCACAUUUUAUAGAAAAAAAUAAUAAAAACUAUCUCUUAAAGUAUUAUUGUUCGUGUAAUUACAUUUAAUAGAACUUCGAGAAUCAUUUAAUCACUAUUUCAUAUAGGUAGUUAAUUUCUUCCCUUUUUUUUUUUCAAAUUAAUUAUCAUUAUACAUGUAUGAAAAAAAAGCUUUCGGGCUGAAGUCCUCCCCUCCCCCCCCUCAAAAUUAAAUCCCGGAUCUGCUAGUGCUUCAUAGCAUUUACUUUUUGGUUAAGAAUCAAUCUAAUUUUUUAUACGAAAAGCAAACUAUUUUCAGGCCAUUGUUAAAACAUUUUUUAAUUCAUAUUUCUGUUAGUUGUCCAUUUUUAUUUUAAUAUGAUGGAUUAGCUCCUCAUGAGUAGGCAUGCACUGUUUAUGAACAAAGUACAAUUAUUAUAAAUUUUGUUACCUUCCCGGUUUAUCAUAUUCAGCUACUGAAUAUUCCAUUCCUUUAUAUCGUCUGCUUGUAAAAAAAAAAAAAAAUCAUAUUAAUUUUGUCAAAAAAUCAAGCUAUUAUGUACAAAUGAAUGUUGCAAUACAGCUCUAGCAACAGUAAUUUCUUAAUAUUUACAAACCUCAUAUCCUAAAUAGAAUUAGAAAUUGAUAAAAUUACUAGGCAACUGUUGUAAUACGUAAUAUUAAGGGGAUAUUUAAAUUUCUUAGAGACAUUAAUGGUAAUAUUUUGGAAUAAUACAGGAUCUAUACUAAAUAAUUUAAUAUUGAAGGAUAUGAAGGAAAAAAUUAAUAUCCUUGCUAGUUAAUGUCUACGGAAUUGAUAAAGUUUUUUGUUUUAUUUAGAAAUUUUGAAUACUCCGAAAAUUAUAUUGUUUUUGGAUAUCUUCUCCCAUAUUAGAACGUAUGCAUGUUUAAUGUACACAGACCCAAUAUCUGUGAAAUUGUGCUCUGAUGACAAACUCUCAGUUCCAUGAUUAAUAUAACAAACAGAAAACACCUUAAGUAAAAUAACGUUUUAAUCACUUUCAAGCCAGAAUAAGAAGGGGCUAGGCAAGGAUAAUUGGAAACAUGGUUUUGUAUGGUACAUGCCAAAUAAUUGAGGUUUUACAGUAUUAAAUAUAUUAUUUAUGUAUUUAAUAUAUAAUUUGAGAUCACCAUUGCUCAUGUUCCUUGACUCCGUAGAGGUAUUAUUAAUUUAUGUUUAAAUCUGAGGGAAUUGGGACAUCAUUUUAAUUUUAAGAGUGUGUUUGUGUUUUAAUUAUUGUAAUUAGUUUCUGGGCUGUUGUGGGGCCUCAUAAUUUAACCAUUGAUAUGUAUCUAUUUUUGUGAUAUUUUUUUAAAUAACUUAAUGCUUUCGAGCAUUACUUAAAAACUAAAAAAAAAAUAUAUAUAUAUAAUAAUUUAUUUGUAUAUUUUCAACAUAAGAAAUAUAUAAAUGUAACUGUAGUUGCCAGGAAAAGUUCCUUAACACCACAAGUAUGAUCAUUUUUGUACUAAGCACCACUUUUUGAAUUACUGUUCUUGCAUCUCGGUAUAUAUGUAAAUAUCUGUGUUACAUCUCAUAAGUAUGUAGAUACUUAUAUACAUAUACGUAUAUUCAUGUGAAUUUGCACUUAUAUAUUUAAUAUUAAUAUAAAUGUGGAUUAUUUAUAAUAGUUAUUACCAUGGUGAUAUAUGAUUAUGAAUAUUUAUAAUUUUACUUGAUUCAAUAUUAUUAAUGAAACACUGUAAUAUAAUGUUUGAAUAAUUAUCAAUAUAUUUGUAAUUCAGUAGAGUCCUGCGUUAGUUGUAAAAUGUAUAUGAUAAAUAUUUUAUUAACUUUUUUCUCAGAAAAACAUAUUUUCCUUUGAACUUGAUUUUAUUUUAUCUACUACUUAAUUCAGAAGUAGAUCUAUGUUUCAGAUCCACAAACUAAAAUAGUUUUAACAAAAUAAAACUUCUUUGCGGUUAAAAAUCUAAAUUUAUUUAUUGUAAUGUACCAAACAUCAAACAAUUCGUUAAUGUUUUAAUGUAAAAUUUAAGAAUAAAAAAAAUUGAAAUAAACCUUUUUAAAAAAAUGGAAGGUGUGAAUGGAUUGUUGGCAACUUUCUGACAUAUGUAAUACAUUUUGAAUAAUAUAAACAAAACAGUUUUGUAUUACGUAAUUACAUUCUUGUGUAAAUUUUGCUUAAGUAAUACCUAUUUAAAUUUUUUUAUGGUUAGUAUAUUAAAAAUUUAAUUAGUUUUAUUUUAAUCCUGCUUAGAUUAACUGAAUGUCUAUCCUACAGGACUCUACCGUAAUAUUGUAAUUAUACUUUUAAGGACAAAUAAACUAAACUAGCAAAGAAUAGACACAUGAAUCAUAAUCUAUAAAAAGGAAAGAUAAAAUGAAAGAAAGUGAGAUAGUUUGAGGUAUGAUAUUGUGUGUAGACUGGAUUUUAAAAGCUUAUUAUUCAUUAUAAUUUUCCAAAAUUAUUGUUUCUUAUAUAAUUUAUUUUAAUAUUAUGAUAAAAUUAUGUAUAAUUUUAAUGUGUAUGAGAUAAAGGAGAAAAAAUAAGGUGUGCCAAUACUUUUUGUUGCCACUCUGUCGUCAGGAGUUUUUUCCUCAAUCAUUGUUUAUGUACGGAAACAUUAUUUGUCAUCAAAGCCUCCCUGGCAGACCCUUUUAUUUCAGUCUGUGAUAUUUGUCGUAUUAGAUUUAUUAUAUUUUUUGCUGAAAUCUUUGUGGCAUAGACUUCUUCCUUUUCAAUUGCCUAUAUUAUAUUUUUACAUUCUUUAUAGCAAUUUUUAAAAAACAUAAUAUCAUUUGAAGAAAGCCUAUAAAUGCUUACAUAUCUUCCUUAUGCAGCUUCCAUGUUUAAUUGAAAAUAAUUGUAAUUAAUUACAUAGCCUACGAUGUUAGAUAGAAUUUGAUUUUGGGAAUUAAGUAUCUUUGAAUUUUAAGGUAUAAUGUAAUUGUAUUUUUCAUCCACUUCAGAACCAUAACUUUUAAUUGGCGUUAAUAAGAAAGAACAUUCGAAUUGAGGAAUAGGAUUGAUGAAAUUAUUUUAAUUAAUCUAUUUAUUUUGAAAAUGUUUUGGACCUUUUAUUGCAAUUACUUUUGUUGUUCUUUCGUAACAUUAUUUCUUGUCUAUUAAUAAGUCAUUUUCAAUUGUAAAUGUAUUCUAAUAACAACUAACUUAAUAAUGAGUUAUUUACAGUUGAUAAAUUUAUAUAUGAAAGGUAGGAAGAAAAAAAAAAAGUGUCACUUAUUUUUUUAAAAUUGAAUUAUAGGUAUAUAGAGGAAUUUCCCUAUAACAAUAAAGGAUGUAAAUUUUGUGCGAAUGAAAGAAGUGUCUGUCUAUAAGAAUUAAGAAGAAUAAAAGAUGUGCAAAUGAUAAAAGUAUGCAUAUAAAUAUGCUUGAAAUAAAAAAGAAAUGUGAGUAGUAAUAAUAGUAGUAUAGUAUAUAAUAUAGUAGUAUUGUAUAGAGUAAUAUAUUACAGGGCUCGAAACUUUUUAAGAAAAAAGUUAUUAAUAUAAAAGGAAUUUUUUUGUUAUUAAGUUUCAGAUUUAUGAUCUGAUCUUAAAGCUCUAAUAAAAAAGUUCUGUUAAAUUUAAAUUAAAUAGUAAUUGGGCUCAGAUUAGAGUUAUAAUUUGUCUUAAAUGAAUCACACAUGAUUCACAAUGUUUCGUUUGUUUGAGUGGCUAUGAAUAAAAGUCAUUUUUUAGGGAAGUCAACAGAUAUUUUAGAUAAAUGUUUUUUAAAAAUAAAAGUUCUGUAAAAUCUUUACUUGAAAUUUAGCAAGGGAAAAAUUUCCAGUUCCAAAAAAACUGAAAAACUAUAGAAAAUAAAAAUUCUGCGAUGCUGAAACUUUUUAAAAACAAAAGAGUUUUUUGCUCUGUAUUUCAAGCCCUAGUUUACAAUAAAGGUACAAACAUUAUGCACAUACUGGCUUUGAAACCAAUAUGCCACAAACUUUAGACACCUUGUAAAGCGUUUAAUAUUAUAUAAUAGUAGGCCUGUCAUCAUAACGAUAUUGGUUCGAGCUUGACAGAUCAAUUCAAAUAUGAUUUAGUUGAUUGCACGACCCCUUGAUUCAAAAGUAAUUUUUUAGCUGGGCUAUUAUCAUGUUUUACUUGUAAUUUUUUUUUAAUGUGCUAGCAACACAG